UUGCGGAGUCUGCGCGAGUUGGGAACUGCUUUCGAUUGUUGGCGGGCGCCGCCAUCUUGGUCAGUGAGCUUGCGAGUGGCUGUGCGAGGAGGUGUACGUAUUUCGGUGAAACAAGCAAUUCGUGAGAUUUCCCUGAAAGCCCUUGACUACUCGUGAAAUCCACACGCAUCCAAGAUGUCGGAACGGGAGGACAAUGUUUACAAGGCGAAACUAGCCGAACAAGCCGAACGCUAUGACGAAAUGGUUGAAGCGAUGAAGAAGGUGGCCUCGCUGGACGUAGAACUCACCGUUGAGGAAAGGAAUCUACUAUCCGUCGCGUAUAAAAAUGUGAUCGGUGCGAGGAGGGCAUCAUGGAGAAUAAUAUCGAGUAUCGAACAGAAGGAGGAGAACAAAGGUGCCGAGGGUAAGCUGGAGAUGAUCCGUCAGUACCGAUCUCAAGUGGAGAAAGAGCUCAGGGAUAUUUGUGCUGAUAUACUGGGUGUCUUGGACAAACAUUUGAUACCAUGUGCUUCGACUGGAGAGUCGAAAGUAUUUUAUUACAAAAUGAAGGGAGAUUAUCAUCGUUACCUGGCCGAAUUUGCAAUUGGCAACGACAGGAAGGAGGCUGCAGAGAACUCUCUAGUAGCGUACAAAGCAGCAAGCGACAUUGCAAUGACCGAGCUACCACCGACUCAUCCCAUUCGUUUGGGAUUAGCGCUUAAUUUCUCCGUCUUCUAUUACGAGAUUUUGAACAGUCCUGAUAGGGCGUGUCGCUUAGCGAAGGCUGCCUUUGAUGACGCGAUCGCAGAAUUGGAUACUCUGUCUGAGGAAAGCUAUAAAGAUUCCACCUUAAUUAUGCAGCUCCUUAGGGACAACCUCACGCUUUGGACGUCGGAUAUGCAAGGGGAUGGCGAAGGAGAGCAAAAGGAGCAGCUGCAGGAUGUGGAAGAUCAGGACGUAUCGUAACUCUAGCCUUAGUGAGUGAUGUCUUGCGCAUAUAAAACUGAGACACAUGAAAAAAAAAAGCAAAAAAACUCUUAAUAACUCGUAAGCAAAAAAAAAAACAAUUCAAGCAGGUGACAGUUUGAAGUGGGAAGGGGAGAUCUUUAGCGAUCGCGUGACCUUAAGCACGCGCAACGUAUGGUUACUCAAAAAGAAAAUGAAAAAAAUAAUCGUAUCAUUCGAUCCACACAAACACGUAAACACACACGGACUCUCACGUACAUACAUACGUACAUAAACAUAUACAUAUACACAUACAGACGCGCGUACAUACAUCGAGUUACGGUGCACAUCAGAAUUGUUGAAGCUAUAAAAAAGAAAAGAAAAAAAAGAGAGUAAAGACAGACACCUUUGGGUUUACCACCGAGACUGGAAAGCAUGUUUGGAAGAAAAAAAAAAAGAGAAAAAAACAGGGAGAGAAAGGAAGAAGGGAAAGCAUAGUAGGUGGGUGUGAUUGCACGUGCGUGGGCGUGUGUAUGUAUGUUUGUAUGUAAGUAUGUAUGCAUGCAUGCAUGUGAGAAAGACAGAAAGAAAGAAAAAAAGGAAAGAGAGGGAGAGGAAAAGAAACAUUGAGAAAAGUAUACGGUUUUUAUGAGAUCCGUAAACGAUCAAAAUUAGCGUGAUUUACGACGAAAAAUAUCGUUGACAAGCGCGAUUUCGGCAAACAAAUUGAGCUAAUAUAAAUCAUAAUUAAUUAAAGGUGAUAAAAAUGUUCAAAUGAAAGUGCGUGCGCGUGUUGUUGGUCCUGUACGGUCGUAAUAUGUACGGCUCGUUCUAGCAGUAUUCAUACAGCGAGCAAGCGCCUCAGGAGAAGAAGAUAAUGAAGAAGACGAAGAGGAAGAUGAUGAUGAAGAAAAAGAAGAGGAAGAAAAGAGAUAAAGAUGGAAAAGAUCCGUGUCCCCACAACUUCCAUUGUGUAUACCGUACGCAUUUUACAAUAGAAAACAAACAAACGUCAAUCGAGCCUACGAUGUGUGUUCGAUUGUUCGUUCGUUCAUUCGUAUUACCCGGCCCCUAAUCUCCUCCUCGUCCUUCUCCUCCUUCCCUGCUUUUUUACUGCGCGCAUGAUCGUCUCGCAUGCCACGAUAAUAAAACGGUGUUACAACGUUUAUACGCGUAAAUCGAGCGUAAAACGAUCAGUAUAUAUAUACAUAUAUAUAUAUGUGUAUAUAUAUAUAUGUAUGUAUACAUAUAUGUGUGUACGUGCGUCUGUAUACAUAUGUAUGUGUAUGUAUAUGUAUAUACGAAGAAUCCUCUAACACACAGAAAACCUUUCUCCUGAAGGAAGCAAGCAAGCAAGCAAGCGAGCGAGCGAGAAAGAGAGAGAUAGAGAGAAAGAGAGAUCAAUCGCGUCGUUCCUCCGUGAAACCGACGACGACGUUGACAACAAUAAGAGGAAGGAAAAAGAGAAAAGAAAAAAAAAAUAAGAAAAUAAUAAUAAUAAUAAACGAGACCAAGAGUCAACGCAUUCCGUGAAUAGAAAUUGAUUUUACCGAAGCUUACGAUUCCUUUUUUUCAUCGCCGUCGAAGAGAAGAGCGCGCGUUUGUUAAAAGAAAGAAUAGGAAAAUCAUGGAGAGAAAAAAAAAGAAGUAAGAAAGGGAAGAAGAGAAAAUAGGAUAAUCGUCAUCAACAACAACAACGUAGCCCCUCCCAAGAGUGAAUAAAUAAAUAACUAAAUAAAUAAAUAAAAUAGUCAAUGCAAUAAACACGCCCAUUCAACCUGAAUAACGGCUUCUUUCUCGAGAGCAAACAUUACUAUCUAAUAAUAAAAUAUUAUAAAUAAUAAUCUGCGAAAGAAAUUAAGUAUUAUUAUAUCGAAUUUUAAUAUCAGACUUUUCAUUGUAACUGCCUCUUUUUUUUUACGCUUCUCCGAGACAGAAAAGAAGGAAAGAGAAGGGAAAAAGGAGAGAGAUUGAGAGAGAGAUGCUUGUGUGUAGGUAUUAUUUGGGUCAAGGAGAAGUGUCGGGAAAAGAAAA